UAAAGACAAAGAGAUGUGGGCAGUACUACUUUUUUGUUUGGUUCUGUCUUGUUACUAUAUCUGUGUAACUUUGAUGGCCAGUACAGGUAUCUGUCAGCAACAGGGACACUUUACAAUAAAUGGGAUGCACCAGGAUGGAGACUUUGUCAUUGGUGGUUUGUUUGAUGUUCAGACAUACCUAAAAGUAUACCCUGAGAUAAGCUUCAGAACGCAGCCAAAACUACCAAACUGUGAACUCUUCUAUAUGGAAAGCUUCCAGCAAGCACUGACAAUGGUUUUUGCCAUCAGUGAGAUUAAUCACAAUCCCAACUUGCUGCCAAACAUCACACUUGGUUACCAGAUCUAUGACACUUGUUUAAGGCUUAGAGUGGCAUUUCAGGCAGCAACAGCUCUGAUAAGUGGGACAGAGGAGACCAUCUCUGACUUCAACUGUAAAGGCCCACCACCAGUUAUUGGACUCAUAGGUGAUCCAGGAUCUACACAUUCUAUUGCAAUUUCCAGUGUUCUGGGGCUGUUUCGAAUGCCUAUGAUAAGCUACUACGCCACUUGCUCUUGUUUAAGUGACAAGAAAAAGUACCCUUCUUUCUUCAGAACAAUUCCAAGUGAUACCUUCCAAGUGCGGGCUAUAGUUCAGACCUUGAGACAUUUUGGCUGGACCUGGGUUGGUCUGAUCUACAGUAAUAAUGACUAUGGUAUCUACGCUGCUCAGUCCUUCCAUCAAGAAAUGCAGUUGUUUGGACACUGUGUUGCUUUUUCUGAAAUCCUGCCCCAAGAUAACAACCCCAGAGUUAUUGAUCACAUUAUGGGAGUAAUUCAGGCCUCUACAGCUAGAGUAGUGGUUGUUUUUUCUGCUUCAUCCUUAUUGAUUCCUUUGAUGAACAAGGUAGUGUUGCACAACUUAACAAGCAGGCAGUGGAUAGCAAGUGAAGCCUGGGUCACCGCAGCUGUGUUCCGCACACCAUAUUACCAGCCCUUUCUAAAGGGAACAUUGGGCAUUGCUAUUAGGCGUGGAGAAAUCCAGGGUCUUCAUAGUUUUCUGUUACGCCUUCAUCCCAACAGUGACCAAAGAAAUAAUAUAGUGAGAAUAUUCUGGGAGACCAUGUUUGGGUGCAGUUUUGAAACUGGGGAUAAAGAGACAUUUGGGCAACAAAUGAAAAAGGUGUGUACAGGACUGGAGGAUCUGAGCACUGCAAACACACCUUACACUGAUGUUUCAGGAUUGAGGGCAACUUAUAAUGUGUAUAAAGCAGUUUAUGCCCUGGCCCAUGCACUUCAUGACCUGAUGCAGUGUAAAGAGAAGAGAGGACCAUUCAGUGGGAACAGCUGUGCUGACAUAACAGAUCUAAAACCCUGGCAGCUUGUUCACUACCUAAAAAAAGUGAAUUUCACCACAAGCUUUGGGGAUUCUGUAUCAUUUGACAAUAAUGGAGAUGCUCUAGCCAUCUAUGAUGUGUUGAACUGGCAGCCGAGCUCUGAAGAAUCAAUUAAACUUCACAAUAUCGGUGUAGUAAAUGAGGUGGCAACAGAAAUGGUGCUCACACUGAAUAAUGAUGAAAUUUACUGGAACUUUGAGGCACAAAAACCCCCACAGUCUGUGUGCAGUGAGAGCUGUCUCCCAGGCACCAGAAGAGCCAUGAGGAAGGGCCUUCCUGUCUGCUGUUUUGACUGCCUGAUUUGUGGAGAUGGUGAAAUUUCUAACACAACAGAUGCUAUUAAGUGCACAGUUUGUCCAGAUGAAUUUUGGUCCAAUCUAAAUAAGGAUCAAUGUGUUCCUAAAGAAAUUGAUUUUCUAUCAUAUGAGGAUCCUCUGGGCAUCUCGCUGACCACUACUUCCCUGCUGGGAACCUGUUUUUGUGCUCUUGUGAUGAUAAUUUUUACUUUUCACCGUAACACUCCUAUAGUACGUGCCAACAAUUCAGAGCUCAGCUUCCUGCUGCUUUUGUCACUCAAACUGUGUUUCCUGUGUGUGCUGCUGUUCAUUGGUCAGCCCCAGUUGUGGACGUGUCAAUUAAGACAUGCUGUGUUUGGCAUAAGCUUUGUCCUGUGCAUCUCCAGCAUUUUGGUCAAGACUAUGGUGGUAAUAGCUGUGUUCAAAUCCUCUCGGCCUGAGGGCUCAGGAGCAAUGAAAUGGUUUGGAACAGCACAACAAAGAUGCACAGUUCUGGUCCUAACAGCCCUCCAAAUUGUAAUAUGUGCAGUCUGGCUAUCAACUUCUUCUCCAACACCCUAUAAAAAUAACCAGUCUAUCCGCUCUAAAAUAGUCUAUGAAUGUGCCAUUGGCUCAUUGGCUGGGUUUUCUUUGCUGCUGGGAUAUAUAGGAUUGUUGGCAGCAAUAAGCUUCCUACUAGCCUUUCUGGCUAGAAAUCUUCCAGAUAAUUUUAAUGAGGCAAAGUUUAUCACUUUUAGUAUGCUGAUCUUCUGUGCGGUAUGGGUUGCAUUUGUUCCAGCAUAUAUGAGCUCAUCAGGGAAAUAUGCAGUGGCUAUGGAGAUAUUUGCUAUCUUAGCUUCUAGUUUUGGAGUGCUGGUGGCCAUAUUUGCCCCAAAGUGUUACAUAAUCAUUUUACAUCCGGAGAGAAACACUAAAAAAGCCAUCAUGGGAAGAGAAAACAAAAAUAAAUAGUUUUACUUUUUUUGUGACCAAUUAUUCUCCCUCUCUCUCCCAAAGAAAGAGAGACAAAUAGAGAUUAUUCUACAGACACUUACCCAGUAAAGAAUAAGCCAGGUCAAUACAUUUGUUUUUAUUUUUCAUUUUAAUUUCCAGAUUUUGACUGACACACACACACACACACACACACACACACAAAGAAGAUUUACAAAGAGUUUACAAAAUCUUGAUUGCAUCUGUAUUUAGGUUUAAAUACAAGUUGAUAUUGAUAUAGGUACAGUUAUAUUAUUGCAGUUGUUGGUAAAACAGGCAUAUAUGAACAAUAUGAAAAUUAUAUGUGAGAGAGCUCUUUUCUUAGUUUUUUUGGAAAUUAGAAAAAUCCUAGUAUAUUUUAUAGUAUUUACAAACAGAACAAUUACAUUUUAGCAGAUUUCUCUAAAUACAGAUAAAGAAAAUACAUGGUCCACUUUGCUAAAUUCUUGGUUAUAGCACAUGGCAAGUUAUCCAGCUUCCUCUAGUACCCCCAAACACACAACAGGUUUUGAAGUAAACUUUCUGUCUGAUGAGUUGAAAGAGGCGUGUUUGUUUAAAGAGAUUUACAACAUGGUCACUGCUUAGAGAACUCUAAUGCUGUGGUUGAAAACACCCCUAUCCAUAGGUUUGAUGUGACGCCACAUAGUGUUUCAGCCAUCAUUUUGACAAAGCAGUUAAUCUGCUGCGGUGCUGAAAUGAGUUUUGAUAUGUUGUUUCAGUAAACUUAAUUACCUAAAUUUUA